UAUAAUUUAAAUAUUUGAAUGAAAAAUAUUUAAAAACAAGCUCUAAUUACAUUUAAAUUUUUGUAUUUAUGAUUAGAGGCUAAGAAUUUAAAUAACUUAACCAUUUAUCCUCUUCUUUAAACAUAUGUUAUUUAUCGAUACUUUUGGAAUAUCGAUGCAGUCACACAUGGAAUUGACAUGGCUCAAACUCAAAUUGCAGCGGGUGUAGAGUUGCUGCUCCAGGAGGCCAAAGACUUAGGCAUUGGCGGCCACAUCGCCGAGCUAGAAGCGUUGCCUAGUGCGGUAGAAUUCGCACGAGAAUUCUAUGCCAAGAACGCACCCGUUGUCGUACGUCAAGCUGUUGCCCACUGGCCGGCUGUCAAGAAGUGGACACCAGAAUAUCUCAAGGAGACUCUGAAUAACAAGAUCGUCGAUGUGGCUGUCACACCCAAUGGAUAUGCCGAUGGACUGGCCACACAGAAUGGUGAGGAGUUCUUUGUAUUACCACUGGAAACAAAAAUGCCGUUAUCAGAGCUCCUUGAGCGCUUUGAUGAUCCCAUGGGCGCUGUGCAUUAUAUACAAAAGCAAAAUUCCAAUUUUACCGAGGAUUUUCCCGAAUUGGCCAACGAUAUUGUACUCAGGGAUUUGAGUUUCGCUCAGGAAUGCUUUAAUAAACCAUCGGAUGCAGUUAACUUUUGGCUGGGUGAUGAACGCGCCAUCACUUCGAUGCACAAGGAUCCCUACGAAAAUUUGUAUUGUGUCAUAGCGGGCUACAAGGAUUUCAUUCUACUGCCACCACAUCAAUUGCCCUGCGUGCCUCGUCGCACUUAUCCCACUGGAAUAUAUAAGCGCAAACCUUGCGGUCAGUUCUACAUUGACCCAUUGAUGGAUGAGGAUACGCAGCAGCUGACGGAAUGGAUUAGCAUCGAUCCCUUGGCACCCGAUCUGGCCAAAUAUCCGCAAUAUGCCCAGGCACGUCCAUUACGCGUUCGUGUACAUGCUGGUGAUGUGCUCUACCUGCCCAAUUAUUGGUUUCAUCAUGUACAGCAAAGUCACAAGUGUAUUGCUGUAAACUUCUGGUAUGACAUGGAGUACGAUAGUCGCUACUGUUAUUAUCGCAUGCUGGAGCACCUAACUACGUCAAGCGGCAAUCAAAAGUCCUGAUUGUUAAUUCCCUGUGAUCCCUUCGUAACAAAAGUUUCCUAUACUCAGUGGGUCAUUAAAUAAAAUUUGUUAUCGCAUCACUUACAAGUGAUCAAUGUCAUA